AGUAUCAAUUCGUCCACAUUUAAGAGCGUUUCAAUUUAUCAAUUUAUGGCUACCGAAGCUUCAUCUUAUUUAGACUCAAAAUUCUUUCACAAAGCUCUGGAAGAAGGAUUUCGUGAACUUGGAAUUAUCAUACAAAAUAUCGAAGUGGUUGAUGCUGGAAUUGGUGGAGACAACUAUUGUAGCACCAUCUUUCGGGCAAAAAUUGGCUUUCAACGCGGUUCAAAUGGUUCUCCGGAAAAUAUAUCACUGAUAGUUAAAAGUAUGCCAAAUGUGAAUUAUGGAUUCCUUGAACGUUUACAAGUCUAUGCAAAAGAAAAAGUCUUCUACAUGGACAUCAUGCAUCGCAUGGAAGUGCUUCUUCCAAGAAAAAUUCUGAUAUUAGGAGCGAAGCAUUUCUAUUCUACAACUGAUCCUGUCCAGACAAUCGUCCUCGAAGACCUUACAAGCAAUGGUUUUGAAUUACAGAGUCGUCAAUUGGGCCUUGAUGAAGAUCAUUCUGCAUUGGUUUUGACCAAAUUGGGACAAUUUCAUGCUCUUUCCAUGGUUCUAAUGGAAAAAGAUAAAACUAUUGGUCGCAAGUUCCAAAAAGGCUUACUUCACGAGGAGGCAAUAAUGUCUGGUCCAUUUGUUGGACUCUUCGGAGCGCAACUUAAGAAAUUGGCUGCAAUUUCCACCGAAUGGGAGGGUUUCGAGGGAAUUUCUCAUAAACUCUUUCGAUUUUGUGAACAUUUCUCCAAAAACGUCAUGAGAGCCGUCUUCCCUCUGGAAGGAUUUGUAAACGUUCUUAACCAUGGUGAUUUAUGGGUCAAUAACUUGCUCUUCAAACGCACUGAAGGAGACAACUCCAUCGACAUGAGAAUGAUUGAUUUUCAAUUUAGUUUCUGUGGCAGUCCAGGAUUUGACCUCAAUUACUUUUUCUACACCAGUCUUCAGCUGGAUGUCCUCAAAACCAAACGAGAUCAACUCAUUGAGAUAUAUUAUCAAUCAUUAAGGGAAACUUUGAAAGAACUACAGCACGAUUUCAUUCCAAGCCUCGAGGAUAUUCAAAAUGAAAUAUUCAAAAAGGAGCUGUAUGGAUUUUUUGUGUCAUUUGCUUUCUUUCCGAUGAUGUCGAUGCAUAAGGAGGAUUCUGUAGAUAAUAGUCUCGAAGGAAUGCAGAAUUCCGAAAUAGCUAAGAAAAAAAUCGAGUUGAUGUUCACAACUAAUAAAAGGACACUCGAAACAUUGCGCUAUGUUCUGGAACGUUUUGACGAAAUAGGCAUAUUGGAUUUUUAUAUCGACUUUCCUAAAAUGAAGAUCAUCGACGAGAGCGGUCUUGACAUUCCAAAUCACCUGACGGUACAGUUUUUCCAAAAAACCCUCCUAGUAGGUUUCAAUUUAUCCAGAGUUACUAUCCAUCGCAUUGUUUUCUCCCCCGGCUGUGAUGACGGUGAUAGCUUCACAAGUUUGAUAUAUCGGGCCAGAGUACGCUACUCAACCGACGACAACGACGACGGAGUCUUAUCAACAAAAUGGAUCUCAUUCAUCAUAAAGGUUAUUCCAGUUGAAGGGGAUCGUAAAAUAUUCAAAAUAAUGGAUGUUUUUAAAAAAGAAAUAAAUAUGUACGAAAAAGUUUUGCCGGAAGUUGAGAAAAUGCUAGCUUCAGAAAACAUAUCCGGACAAAUGGUUCCAAGGAUGAUCUACAAACAGGAUCAUCCAGUGGGAACGAUCGUCUUUGAAGAUCUCAAUGAACUUCAACUAGGAUUGGCAAAUCGUUGUCUUGGAUUGAAUCAGAGUCAAGCGAAGAUGGUUCUUACUAAAAUUGGUCAAUUUCAUGCAGCGACUAUGAUCCUGGCGAGAGAUCAACCUGAAGUAAUGGAUCUUUUCAGUCAGCCAACAAUUGACAAGAAUGCCCAAAACACAGUUCGUGAUUCGGUUUUUCGUUCAAAUAUCGAAGUUAUGGCUGAUUUGGUUGAGAACUGGGAUGGGUUCAAAAAUAUCGCUCGAAAGUUGAGAAAUGUCAAAAAUGACUUUUACGAUCGAGUCACAAAAUGCGUACAUAAUAAGGAGGCUUUCAAAGUUCUAAAUCAUGGUGAUUUAUGGGUGAACAACUGUAUGUUUAAGCAUUCCGAUGAAGGGGAUCCAGAAAAUCUUUUAUUUAUUGACUUUCAACUAAGCUACUACGGAAGUCCCAUCUUUGAUCUUCAUUACUUCCUUAACACGAGCUUACAGUUGGACGUGCUGAAUAAAAAACGGAAUGUAUUACUCUUAACAUACUACCAGGCUUUGAGAUCAACUUUAAAAACUUUAAACUAUCCAACUUUAAAGAUUCCAACUUGGGAUCAAUUUUCCCAAGAAGUGAUGGUAAAAGAGUUUAUCGGUUUUUGGGCAUUUGAGGCUUUUUUACCAUUACUCACAAUUGAUAAGACAGCUUCUACGAAUAAUCGUAUAGAAAGUUUUAAUAACGAAGACGAAGCUAGAAAGAAGCGAGAAGUAAUGUUUUCUUCGGAGAGGUUUUUGGAAACAAUCAGGUAUUCAUUGCCGUACUUCGAUAAGUUGGGUGUUUUGGAUUGAUUGAUAUAUUUGUUUAAAUUAUAAGAUUUUAAAACAUUUAU